AUGGCUGUGAAUUGGCCAAAUCUUGAAGCAAAAAAUAUUAGUAAAAACGAAAAAUAUCAUACUAGAAACCAAAUUUUAGAGAAGGCACAAAAGAUUUUAGAAAAUCGUGCAAAAUAUAAGAAAGAGAAACUUCAAAAUCUGCAAAAAGAAGCGGUAAAAAUGCAAAUCAAUUUGGAUACUGUUACACUAAAUAAAAUAGAAGCUUUGAGAGACAGCCAUCGGAAAAUUGCGAUGCAAGAUUUCGAAGAAUGGCGAUUAAAUGCGGAAAUGCCAUUCCUUCAGAAUAUUUCUGGCAAAGUGCAAAAGAAUAGAAAGGCAUAUAGGCCUCCACUUCAAUGGUUCAAAGACGAUCUUGGUAUCAUACAAUCUCGAGAAAUUGACAAGAAAGAAGUUCAAAUAAAAGAAAAACAACAAGAUAAAUCAAUAGUUAUAGAAGAAUUAGAGGAAGAACUAAUUGUUGAAAAGAAAUCUGAGAAAGUUUCAACUGUUGAAGAAAACAUAAACAAAGACUUAAUUGUUAACGAAUCAAUAGAUCAAACGAAUUUAAAAGAAGAUACAACCUUCAAUGAAAAUACUGAGAAAGAGACAGACGUAGAAAUAAAGAAGACAACAAACCUAAGCAAGAAUUUUAAUUUUACAAAAUGUUUUAGUUAUUCCGAGGACUCCGAAUCAGAUAAAGAAGUCACAUCCUUUAAAUCUUCUUUAGUUAAAAAAAUUAAUCAGAAAUACUCGCAAAAAUUUUGUACAAAGACGAAGAAACAAAGGCCAGAUCGGAAUUUAAUUGACAGGAUACUGAAGGAUCGAUAUUCCCAAAUAAAUCAAAUAUUUGAUGAACCUACGAGGGCAGUUCCACUCCCUAGAAGAAGUGGAACGAUUAACGUAACUUUUUCUGAACGAGCCUUCCCUACUCCAGCAAGAGAGAGUGUCUUCAUUGAAGAACAGGAAUGGCUUUCCAAGCAAGCAGAAGCCAGAAGAAAAACAGGGUUUAUUGCCGAGGACCUUCGUCCUGAAGAACAGGAUCCACAAUGGUUGAAAGAUAAGGGCGAUGACUUUUUCAAAGCGGGAAAUUAUUUAGCUGCCAUCAAUGCAUAUACACAUGGAAUCAAAAUCAGCGACAAGAUGGCGGCACUUUAUGUGAACAGAUCUGCUGCGCAUUAUGCUCUUGGAAAUUAUUAUAGAUGUAUUGAUGAUUGUUCUAAGGUAUUUGAGUUAAUGGAACCAAAGUGUGAAAGUAACAGAGUAUCGCGAGCAAGGUGUCAUGCUCGUCGAGGUGCUGCGUUUUGCAAAUUAUCUGCACCACAGCAUGGAAUCCCUGAAUUAGAAGCUGCUUUGAAGCUAGAUCCGAAUAACAAGAGCAUUCAACGCGAUCUAUAUGCUAUUUUGAAUAUGUUUGAUUAUGUUUACUUUCAUAUACUUUUAACAUUCAGACACAACGUUUGUUAA